AUGCAAUUGACUCUUAUCACCUCCCUCGUCGCGGCCACUCUGGCUGGUUCAGCUGCUGCAAUCAACGUCAAGUAUUGCAGCGAGACAGCCCUGAACGGCAAUUGCAAGGAAGUCACUCUUGUCAAUGGCGUGUGCCAGAACGUCGAUUUGGACGAAAACGACCAGACUCACUCAGCCCAAAUUGAUGGCGGCCACUGUGUCUUUUGGGCGCAGGACGACUGCAACGGAGACCACACUGACAUGAGGGAUGGGUAUAUUGAGGACUUCCAUCAUGUCUGCAAAGACAGCGACAAUUGGCAGAAAAAGAUCUCGUCCUUCGCGUGCUGUGACACCGAUAAGUGGUGCGCUGGGGACAACCCUACGUGCACUUAA